AUGAAUAGUAAUUAUUUAAUUGAAAAAGAGCAAAAUGCCUUAAUUAAUAAGAAAGGUUCAGAUGAAAUUAAAAUAAAGUCAAACAAUGAAGUAGAAGAAAAGGAAAAUGAUAAGAAGGAAGAAAAUGUCGCACAUGAUAAAAGUCAGCAAAAUAAAAAACUAUUAAAAAAGAAUAAAAGGAGCACAACAAUUUCGACAUAUUCUCCAGCAUAUAUAUCGGAACCAAUAUAUCAGUGGGAGGUUUCGAGCAGUGAUAAAAUAUUUUAUGACAAGAUCAACGAUUUGAUCAUUCAUCAGAACGUUUCAACAAAAGCGCUUUUAGUAACGGACAUAAAAAAGAACAAAUUAAAUUAUAAUGGAGUAUAUGUAAAAUUUGAUAAGGAUAUAUGUGAGCAUAUAUGUUUUUGUCAGAAUGGGAGUUUUUUUUUAUACUAUAUUGUUAAUCCGAAUAGAAUAGAAAUAUCUGAUAUAUUAAAUAACCAUAAUAUAUAUUUAAAUGUAGAUAUAAAUAAAUUGAAUGAAUAUGAAAUAUUGAGUGUUUUUUGGAUAUACAACGAGACUAUAAGAAAACAAGAUGAAAAUAUGAGUUUUUGUGAUUUUGUUGUUGUUACAAAUAAUUCCGUUGAAAUAUUUAAGAUAUCUUUUGAUAAUUUAAUAAUAACACCUAUAAAAAAGCAUUUUAUAAAAUCUAAACAUUGUUGGUAUGAUGAAAAAAGUUCUUAUAUAUGUUUAUUAUCAGCAAAUAAAAGUAAUGUGAUACUUCCAUAUUUAUUAAGUAAUAAUAAUGUGAUUAAAUUAUCAAAAAUUGAAUUAAAUAUUUUAAAAAAUGAUAAUAUAAAUAAAAAUGAUAUAGAAAUUAUAACAUUAUAUAAUGAAACAUAUUGUAUUCAUAAAGAUUUUAAAAAUGGACGUAUAUCAUUUCGUUGUUUAUCUUCAACAAUUUAUUUUGAUUAUGUUCUUGAUUUAUUUUAUAAUGGAGUAAUAGAAACCUUUUCAUUAGAUAACCUAUUUGGUGUAUUUAAUCAUACAAAUCAAUAUGUUUAUUUAUUCGAUAUAAAAUAUAAUAAGAAAAAAACCACGAUUCAUUCAUUUGAUGAUAAUAAUAAUCACACUAUUAAUAUUUCAUAUUUAACAACACCUAAACAAUUUAAAACACAAAUCAAUUUUAAUCAUAUGGCAUUUGAACCAUAUAACCUUUUAAUAGAUAAUCAUUAUGGAAACGUUUACAAGGUCAAAGUUGAUUAUGACGUGUUGAUGUUACAAAUAUGUCAGCACUUUUCAAACCUGAAUACCUCUGUUGAUGUUCUUUUAAGAAGACCAAAUUGUAAGAGCCGCAUUACAGAAAUGUUUUUCUUGUCUCUUGAAAAUGAUAUACAAAUAGAAGAUUAUUUAAGCAUUAUAAAUAUAAUAAACAAGAAUUAUAGAAAAUUAAUCGAAGAAUGUGCAAGACGAGGAAACGCAGCAACUAUCACCUCAAAUGAUUCCAUUUUAAAUAAAACAAAUAAAAAAAUUAUUCAACCUUUGGAGUAUCUAUUAAAAAAUAUAGGAGAUAAAACAUUAAUGACCGAAAGAGAUAUCGUGUUAGAUGUAUUUCAUCCUUAUAUGAUUAAAAAGUAUCAUCUCAACAAAAAAGAAACGUUAUUUAAUUUUUCUUUAAAUUUUAGAGAAAUUGAAAAAAAUAAAAGAGAUAAAAAAAAAGGUACUCAUAUUAAUAAUAAAAAUGAUGCUGAGGAAUAUAUGUUAAAAUAUAAAAUUAAAAAGAAAAAAAAAAAUUUUGAAGAAAACAAUAAUACAGAAUUAAAUGAUUCUAAUAUAAAGAAAGAAAAUAACAAGCUUGUUGAACAUGAUAAUUCUUUGAAGCAAGAACAAAUAAUAAUAAAUGAUAAAAAUGUAAUAGAACAUACAAAAAUAUAUGAUAAUCAAAAAAAAGACCAAGUUGAAUCCAACAUAUGUAAUAAAAACAUAUCUGUUGAUACUUCUCAAUAUAAUAAUGAUAAUGAAUACGUAAAUUUUCUUAAGCAUUCAGAAUUUCAUAAUAUGCCUAUGCUUUUAAUAUACGUGCUUGAAUAUAUGAAAUCUUUAUUAUCUUUAAAUAUUAUACCUAAUAGAAUAUUACAAACAUUUAUUUUUGAUUUAUGUAUAUUUUUUAAACAAGAUAAUUUCCUAAGACAAUUAUUACAAUUCUAUAUUAUAUCAGAUUCUAUUGAAGUCACAAAAAGAUUAUUUCAUUAUUGGAAACUCACAAAACAUUCAUGGGCAUACCAAUUCUGUGUAGAUAUGUCUUUAAGGUUAAAAGAAUAUGAGAUGGUUAUUCAUUUAUUUCUAUCAUCAAAAAAUUAUUUAAAAAUUAUAAACUUUAUAAGAAAUUAUCAUUUGAUAGAUUAUCCAAUUUCGGUCAUUUUUCAAGCAAUAGAAAAUGAUUUUGAUUCUAAUGAUAAAUAUAUAAUCAUGAAUCACAUCUUAUUAUCUUUAAAACAAUGGAUAAUAGAUUCGGAUCGACAGCCCGAUAAGUAUCCCUUGCCCAAUUUGCAGAAUUGUGAGAAAUGGGUUACACUUGUUGAAGAUAUAUAA